GCAGGAGCUUGUGGCUGACAGACUGGAGAGGAGUACAGGACAUAAUGACUUCUCUGGAUGAUAAACUGCUUGGUGAGAAGCUCCAGUACUAUUACAGCAGUAGUGAGGGUGAGGAUGAAGACAGUGAGAAGGAGGACAAAGAAGGGGAGAGCAGCAUCCCUGAAAGCGUGGGAGAGGUGGAGCUCAGCAGCGAUGGCAGCGCUGUCAACACAGGUCCCAAAGGAGUCAUCAAUGACUGGAGAAGAUUCAAGCAGCUGGAGACGGAGCAGCGGCAGGAGCAGCGCAGGGAGAUGGAAAGGCUCAUUAAGAAGUUGUCCAUGACGUGCAGGUCUCACUUGGAUGAUGAGGCUGAGAAGCAGAAACAGAAAGAGCUUCAGGAAAAACUCAAUGGAAAGAUGACAUUACAGGAAUAUAACAUGAUCCACAGUGCUGAGGAUGAUGAGGAGUUCCUGCAGCGCUACAGGAAGCAGCGCAUGGAGGAGAUGAGGCAGCAGUUGUACAGUGGGCAGCAGUUCAAACAGGUGUUUGACAUCACCAGUGGAGAAGCUUUUCUGGACACUGUUGACAAAGAGCAUAAGAGCACACUGAUCAUGAUCCAUAUCUAUGAAGAUGAUAUCCCUGGCACUGAGUCCCUGAACGGCUGCAUGAUCUGCCUGGCUGCAGAGUACCCAACAGUGAAGUUCUGCAGGGUGAAGAGUUCUCUCAUUGGUGCCAGCACUCGCUUCACUAACAAUGCUCUGCCAGCCCUGCUGGUCUACAAGGCAGGAGAGCUCAUCGGCAACUUCGUGCGCAUCACUGACCAGCUGGGGGAAGAUUUCUUUGCUGUAGACCUGGAGGCUUUUCUGCAGGAAUGUGGUUUGCUGCCAGAAAAAGACCUGCUGCUCCUGACUUCCAUACAUAACCCAUCUGCAUGUUACAGUGAAGACAGUGAUCUGGAAAUAGACUGAACCACUUGCAACAAGGGCCUGUAGGUGUAGUUGUACUGUGGGAUGUUCUUGUGCUAGGGAUUGUUCUCUCUCCUCUUUAGUGUGGGUAUGUAUUCCUCCCCUUCAUGCACUUUGACUUUUGCUUGUGAAAAACAACAUAAGGAAUUCCUAACA